AUGACGCCAGCAGACAUGAGCGAGGUGCUGAUCAAGAACCGGAGGAACAAGGAGAGGGCGGUGGGGGAGCUGCUGGAGGCGCUGAGGGCGAGGGCGGAGAGGAACGAGAAGUACGGAGGACGGAUGAGGGAGGGGUGCGAGCUGAACGGGGUGGUGGAGGAGGAGGAGGAGGAGGAGGAGGACAUGAAGCAGGAGUACGUGGCAUGGUGCCACCGGGAUGCCGAUGGAAAUGUGGGAGAGCCCCUUAGGACCUUUGAUAUCCCGGUCGAUGAUGUUGGGUUGAUGCAGCCAAUUAUAAUUGAUGGUGAGGUGAUCGACCCUGAGAUUACACCCGAGUGGAUGAUGCAGGAGGAGGAGGUGAAUGAGGAGCCUGAUGUACUAGCGGAGGACCCCGAGCCGAUGGAUGAGGAGGAGGAUGAACCCGAGGCCAUGGAGCAGGACGUAGAGAAGGACGGAGAGGUGGCAGAGCUGGGAUCAGAUGAGGAGGGGUUCGAGCUUUACCUUGACCCGGAGUUGGAGUCGGACUCCGAGGAUGAGCGAGCCCAGGCGAUGGAUUCGGAGGAGUCAGAAUCUAGUGAGGACGCCUCCGAGGAGUUGUCAGAGAAUUCUUCCGAGUCAUCCGAUCCUGAUUGGGAACCUUAA